GGUAAUGAUGGCUACAGAAAUCUAUCAAACGUCACAUGACGUCAGGCGUCUCUCAAUCGGGCAGCGUCACUGUAGUCUGUACACGUAAACAUGGAAACUUGAUUCUCCUCUCAAUGGUAGUUUUUGACUAUUAAUAAUUAUUUUACCUUUAGUCUUCUGAGCUGAGUUAACUAAGAAUAAUGAUCUUCAAUCUAUGUGCUAUGCGAGCCAUCGUCACUGCAGUCACCCUACUUGCAGGACUGUUGACUCAGCCCAUCCUCUUUGAUCAAGCUCCCCUCCUUUCUUCAGGCACUAAUAAUCCACCUCUGAUGAGUGACCUGCAAAUGCCAUCUCUAGACAGACUUUCUCUGGAAUGGUCGUUAUUCAAGCCAAACAAUGGAAUCUGUGCAAAGGUCGAUGAGGUUCCAAUUGAUCAGCUGUCCCCACUCCAAGCAGAGAAUGUUGUCCAGUCUAAUUUCACAUACAUAUCCCCUGUCUUCAAUGCCUCUGACCUGUUCAGUAACAUAUCUCUGGAUCAGGAUCAGGAAUUCAUCCUCACGGCCAUGAUACCACCAAACAAAUCGUUUUGUUUUCAUGAAGUUGUCAAUAUUGUAGACACCUUUGCUGACAAUUCAACGUUCCAAGCGACCACAAACGAUGUCUCCGUGGAUAACCAUACCAUCAGAGCCUACUAUUUGGAUUUUCUAACAUCUGCCUUCUCUGAGACUGGGCGGCCCUUUGAGCCGUACAGUCCUCAGCCUGAUUGUGUGAUAUUAAUACCUGCACUGAUAUCUGAGCCAGAAUUGGAGCAGCAUCUAAUGGAACUGAAACUUGAAUAUAGUUGUCUUGUGUACCUCAAGGAGCUAAAAUGUCAUGUCCAUGAGCUCCUUCUCAGUUCUCUACCAACUAACUGGACUACGAACAAUCGACUCACUCUCGGCUUGAUCUGUGUAACUGUAAUGUACGGGUCUCUAUUCUGCCCCAUUCUCUACUAUUUCUGGACCCAAAAGAAUGCAAAGAAGACAUUAACAAGCUAUCUCAACAUCUUAAAAGUAAGCAAGCUCUCCGCUGAAUCGAAACUCUCUUCGAUGGAUUUGGAAAAGAAUGUGCUUGAACAAACAACGCAUCUACAUGAGCAAGAACUGCAAGAGUUAAAGAUGAGAUUAGAGCGAUGCAACCUGCUUGAGACAGAGACACUGGAGAGGCUUGUCUUGGCCAAAGAGGAACUAAAGAAGGAAACAAUGGAUACGAGCAGUAGUAUAAAACAUAUCCAUUCCGAGCACUUAAAGCUUUUGACAAAAGUUAAGGAAAAGCUACAAGAUACAAAUAGAAAACUGGCUCAGUUUCAAACACUUGAGAGUGAAGCUCAGCUGAAAUUGACCUCAGUGGAGAAGCAAUUGGAUGAGGAGAGGAGGGAAUGGGAUGUUAAAGAAGAUCUGAUUAUGGCAGCUAUUACAGAACUCUGGCAAGAGCUACACGAUACCAAAAGACGAAAUGAAGCAUUUGAAUCGGAAGGCCAGGAUGCAAGCAAGGAACCCUUACUUGAAUUGUGUGAUGAAUUCAAGAGCGAGGAGGCAUUGCUUUCUAUUCAAGCCACUGAAAAGAGACUAAGGCUGGCCACCAACAAGAUUGUCAAGCUAAAGAUGAGGCUAUCGGAUACUGCAGUCAUGAAUGACUUUGAAAUUGAUGGCAGUGACAGUGGAAUUUUUCUCUCUUGCAUACAAUGAGGACAAUGACUGUAUUGAGAAGAAUUAUGAAAACAGCCAGUUAAAUAAUUUUUUUGUGUAAUUUUAAUAAUCGCUUUUAACUUGUUACAACAUUUAAGACAA